GUACCUGUCUUCACUGCCAUCUAUGACCAGAAUGUUACAGUAGUGUCCAUAUGUGUGUCUGGUAUACAGUGACUAUCGCAUAAGAGAACAUUCUGGUCGUGUGGUACAAUGAAGUUGUUCCGCCAUGUCAACACAGAAUUAUUCAGGCUAAAAGAGGAGUCAAAAUAAUGAUGACGUUGCAGUAAUUGCAUGAUAGAUGUAGAUGUUCAGGUUCUGAUGCCUUCAAGUUUGUUCCAGGAGUAGUGUUCAUUCUUGUAAUCUGUAUUCAUGUACAUUAUUGUGAAGGAAAGUUUAGGUUUUGAUUGUCAUGUAUGGAGAGGUGCAGUAGUAAUAUGUGGUACCAAAAAUUCAAAGUUACCUUUGAAAAAGCACAUACUGUACUAAAUGCUAAGCAAGAGUUUGUUGUUGAAAUGUCAAGCUUAUGAAAUUAUAAGAAAAACUGAUGGCUUAAAAUUUUGGAACAAGGUUAAGAAACUGCUCUUGGUACAGUACAGUAUUUAGACUAUGCAUGAUGCUUUUUUUUUUUUUAAAGGCCUGUAUUCUUCAAAUAAUAAUGUUUGUAUAUUAAAUUAAAUUAACAUGUAAAUAUUCAUGAAGGAAAAAUAUUGUAUAAAUAUACAAAAGAAAAUUGUUUGGUGAUGGGAAAUUGCUGUAGAGAAAGAGUUUGCUGUUAAACAUCUAGGAGAACCAAAGAAUACAAUGUGAACUAUCAUCAUAUUGGAUUGGCAAAUUACGUAAUGCUUGGUUCAAAAUUGCAAGUAUCGGCAUGUAAUGUGGCUUGUUUCUGACUAGGUACUGCAAAAAAACCUGUUGCAAAAAUUGCUCACACAACACAGUACAGUAAUGCAAAAAUAAGUGAUUAUGCUUUAUGAUAAUGUAGAUAAAAUUGAUUUAAUUGACAUUUGAUGAGCUUCUAAAUGAGGAUAAGGUGGCAAACUAUUUACUCACUAUAUAUAUACAUGUUACUUAUAAAAUAUUUUAAUUUUGUGUAGUGCUGGUGACAUCACUGAACUGUUGAAAAGAUAAGUGAAUUUAGACAUGCAAAUGUUUAUCAAAGAAAAUGGAGUUGCUGUUUGUAAACAAUAAGGAAGUGUUGUAACCUUGCCUUAAGCUUACACGAUUGUGCAUUUAAUGUAUCUAGAAAAUAACUAACAUGACAAAAUACAGGUAUAUGUAAAAUAGAAAGUACUGUUGAAGCAUCUAUAUGUAAUGUGUAAGCAGAGCAUGGAGGUACUGUACUAUAGUUAAAAAUAAGUGGCAGUCCUGAUGAAAUAUCAUGGAGUAAGAACAACUUUAAGAAGAAUGUUGGUGCUUGUGAAAUAAAAAUUGAUACCCAAAAAAUGGAAAACUUAAAUUCAGCAGAGAAUAGUUAGGGCAAAAACUAAGCUUAUGAAGUUAAAUCUAAUUUUGGAAAUAAAAACCUUAUAGAUAGGAGGUGCUCUACCUGUAAUGGGUAAAACACACUGCUAUUAGAUGUGAUAACAUACAGUGUGUUAAACAGUGGGCAUCAAUGUGUUUUUUUUUUUUAAUUCAGACUAGUGCAAUGUAAUUUAGCAAGUAGUGGAAAAAGGAUAUGAAUGUUUGUAAUUUAAUUGUAGAUAUUGAUAAGCCAGAAAUGCACAUGUUAAUGUCAAGAGAAACAGCAGAAAUUGGAUUCUACCAAGACUGAAUGAAAAAAAAAAAAUGCAAGUCUCCAAAUAGUAAGUCAGAGGAAAAGAUUAAUAUUUGUAGAAUAAGCUGUGAUUCAGGAGGACAUUAGGACUUUCAGAAAAUGAAAAUUUUUCGAAGUUUAACAAAACGGGCAGAAAUCACUUAACAUUUAAUGGAGAGAGUUAGUGAUAAAAGUAGUAAAAAUAUUGAAAAAAGUAGAAUACGUGUACAUAUAUGUAAGGAGGAAGUAUGGAUCACAUGAAAAUGCAUAAGAGAGAACAAGGUCAUCAUUCAUUAUCUUCAAAAGAUACUGAAUUUGAAAAUGAAAGUUCCCUUAGAAAAUUAUUGAAGAAGGAAAGAGACCAUUUACAGAAAUUAAAAAAAUAUGAGAGCAAUGGUUCCUCAAGGAAUGAGGAAAUAAGUAACUCCUAUUUCUCAAAGCAUCCAAGAAUUAGAAGUUCUGGUCUUGAUGAGAGUGAUAGGUAUUCAAGAAGUCAUGAAAGGGAUAAACAUAAUAAGCAUUCAUGUGAAGAAGCAGAGAGUGACAAGUGGAGUAAGAGGCAGAGGAAUCAUACAGGAAAGUCAAGUGAGAGAGAGGUCAGCAGCCAUGGACUAUAUAGAAGGGAAAGUGGAGAAUGGAGUGAAAGUGAGAACAGCAACUCUUUGAAAUUUGAAGAUAGGGACAGUGACUCAUUGCAUAAAUGUUACAAGGAAAGUGCUCUUCUGAAAGAUGACAGAGAAAAGGAAGAAUAUAGUUACUCUAGAUAUCUUGGUAGAGAAAAUAGUGUGGAAUAUAAUGAAGACGUAACAUCAUUAAAUAGGAAGCAUUCUAUGGCUGUCCUGCAUCAUAAUGAAAUUGUUAUAGAUCCACAGAUUAGAAGAAAGUUUGCCGAGGCAUGCGCUUCAUUCUUGAGAGCUUCCUUAAAUCGAAAACCUAGUACAAGUCGUACAAAUAAACAGCACAUGGAGUAUUCAGAGAGAGUUGCAGUAGCUCAGCGUAGCAGUGAAAGGUUUCACAUUACCCAUAGAUCACCUUAUACAUCUGAUUCUGAUGCACAUAAGGAUGAGGCUUCAAAGUGCUGUAGGUCAGAGAAAAGAAGACGAAAGUCAAGACAUGACCACGAUGAGUGGGGAAAGUCAAGUAGACCAUAUGAUUCUGAUGUGGCUUACAAAGGAAGAAGUGAUAAAACCUGUCACAAAUCCCAGUCCCGCAGGAGUAGAUACUCACACAAUCAUAAAAGAAAAAUUGAAAGGAAAAGUGAUCCUGUAACUAUUUACAAGCGCAGAAUUAAGAAAAUUCAAGAGCAGUGCAAGAAGGAGAAAGAUCCAGGUAUUCGCCGUGCUCUUCUGUCACUUCAUGAAAUUCAUUGUCGUGAAUGCUUGUUGUACCUUCGAAAGCCUGAUGCCCACCCGGACUAUGGCAAAGAAUAUAGAAUGUUUGCUCAACAGAAGGCUAAGAGUAUUCUUGAAAUAAGAGGGGAUCCAUACACCUUUGACUAUUAUCUCGAGUGGAGAAAAUAUUGGCCAUUACGUAUGAAUGAACUACUUGAAGAAAGUUGGGAAAUUAAGAAACAAAAAUGUAUAAACAUUUUAUCCCAAAAAAAAAGUAAAUCCAGCUCUGAAUCGGCUACAGAUUUGUCAUCAUCAUCGUCGUCAUCGUCAUCAUCAUCAUCAUCAUCAUCAUCAUCCUCAUCCUCAUCCUCCUCGCCAUCAUCAUCAUCGUCAUCAUACUGAUGAUGAUGAUUUGGCAAAUCAUAUUAGGGGGAAAAAAUCUUCCAGACACUUCAGAAUAUCACAGAAUUCAAAAGGUAAAGAUAUACCAGAGAAAAUAAAAAAUGAGAGAAAAAGUGAGCACUUAGACACUGUUGAAAAGUUUGAAGAAAAUGAUGAGCUAACAUUGGAGUUGGAUAUUAAAAGAUUUAGAAGAAAUAAAGAGAGUAGACAUACAUCAUUAGAAGAUAAUUCAUGCCUUCAAAAUUCUCACAGUCAUGGCAUCCAGGACCCUCUAACAACUCAGGUCAUUCAGGAACCUCUGGCAAUUCAGGGUAGCCAGGAACCUCUGGCAAUUCAAGGUAGCCAGGAACCUCUGGCAAUUCAGGGUAGCCAGGAACCUCUAGCAAUUAAGGGUUGCCAGGAACCUCUGGCAGUUCAGGGUAGCCAGGAACCUCUGACUAUUCAGAUUGUUGAUGUGCUGAAAUUGUUAAACUAUAUGAAAGAUAGAUUUGGUGAAUUAGAGGUACCUCUUGCUACACUGUAUCUGAAAGCAACCACUAUGAAAAACAAUAAAUUAGAUGCAAAUAAAAUUCUGGAAGAAGAAGAGAGCUUUUCUUUACUAGAGAAGCUGAACAAAAAACUUGAGACACUCCUAGAGAAUGGAAACCUCACUGCUACUCAAAAUAUAAUUUUUCGAGAAAUUUGGGUCCGUUUCAGUGACAUAUUACUUGAGAUUAAAAGUAACAAAUCCCCAUAUAUGGGACUGGACACUUGCAGAAGAGCAAAGCUUACCAUGAGUGAAGAUGUGAGUGAGUCCUUCACUCACAAAAAACAUGCUCUUACUGAUCAAGGAUGCCUAAAUAUUUCACAUGAAAAACUGACUAGUAUGUAUUUGCAUGCAAAAAAUGAACUUAGAAAGGAUGAAUAUAACAAAUUAACAUUUGAAGAAUUACAUUUACCAGAAAAUGAUGCAUCUAUGUCAGUUGUUCCAAAUCUUCUACUUAUAUAGCACCUUCACCAUUAUACCAGUCACAAUAUCACCAACAAAGUAUAUUAUCCCCAUUUUUCGCUCAGAAACUUUCACCACCUUCAAAUCUUUACACCGCAAAACACACUGACAUGCAUACAGUGAAACCAGCAUCAUUUUCACUGGUGUCCACUGAUUCUGUAAUGGGAGUUGUAGAUGAACAUCAGUCCUCAGAAUCAAAAUAUUUAUCUCCAACAAGAGCAUGUUUGAACACACCAUCUUCAAGAGAAUCGUCAGUAGUAAUACUCCAAGAUUUGUCACCCUCCAAAGGAAAUACAGUAUCACCAGUGAUUUCCACUGUUACAAACAGUGAAGAUGUAAUUUCAGAUUCUUAUAGCAUGUCUGGUGUAUCUAGUUCAAAAUUAUGUCAGAAUGUAAUAAAGGAUUGUCUUUUAUCAUUCUCACCACCACAUAAAGAUACAAAACCUUCACCAGAAAACUGCAUCAAUGUAGAUCUUGAAUACCAGAUUAUUUGUCACCUACAGCUACCAGCUUUUUAGAUAUAAAUCUCUCAUAUGCUUCUGAAAAUUGUGAUGUUGUGCAUAAAUUAGGCACAUUACCUGAUAAGAAAAGAUUUAAUGAAAGUGAAUUGAAGCUGUCAGAUAAUGUGGAUAAAAAUACAGUAGGAAUAAAAAAUUCUCAUGUAGGAAAAUUCAAGAACCCCAUUAAUAUUACCAUUCCCAAGAAGCCCAUUAGAAUUACCAUUCCACAGUUAUCUAAAAAAGAUUGUUUUAUAUCUUCAGUCAAUCCUGUAAGUGAUGACCAAGAGCUCAUGUAAUGUAUGCAGUGCUGUAAUCUAGCAGAUUUAGAGCAGGCUUUGUUAGUGAUCCAGAUAAAAAAUAUAUGUAUAAUUUCCUGCAUAUAUUGGAUACAUACACUGACAACUUUUUAGGGCUAUAUAAGAAGUGCAGUGAUAAUUUCAAAAUUAAUUGCAAAUUUCAGUGUUUUAAGAUGAAAGAAGUUUGCUGGGAUGUCACUAUAUUUGAUUAAUAAAGCAUCAAAUUUAGAAUUAUCA